UCACACGCUUCAACUACACAGCAGCGCGAGCCAACAGCAGCCCGAGAGCGCACGAGAUGGACAGUAAUGGAUUCAUGGUGCGCUUGGCCAGGGUCGUACUCCUGGGUCUUGCAUGUGUGGUUCCGCUGCAAGGGCAGGGCCUGGGUCAGGUGGACCCCCUCACGCUGAGCCGGGUCGACCCGCAGUGCUGGGAGUCAUCCACCGCCCUGCUGCUGGAGCUACGAACCCCUCGUAUUGCAGACAGCGUGCCGGCUUUCUGGGACCUGAUGCUCCUUCUCAAGUCCUCAGACAACCUGAAGCACGGGGCUCUGUUCUGGGACCUGGCACGGCUUUUCUGGGACAUCUACGUGGACUGCGUUCUGUCCCGGACCCACGGACUGGGACGCCGGCAGCUGACCACGUCGCAGCAGCGGAUCACUGCAAUGUACUCGCUCGUCACUGACCAGUCCUACGUGCAUGUUUCACAAAGUAACUUCCAUGACGUCCCUGAUCAAGAUCCAAGUACCUCAAGUCACACUGAACUUCUUGGAAUCCAUCAGCAGCGCCAUGGUACCAAGAGGAAUUCCGCUUCUUAACUCAAAAGUGAUCAUAAGUCCACUCACUUUUCUACACUUUUUGGUUAAUAAAAAUGCAGAUCCUUCUCCAGUCUCCUGUGCUCUAUAUGGAACAGAGUGCUGAUAAUGACAUGUUUGCAUUAUGCAGCCUAGAAUCCUGUCCAUGGACCCUAUUACAU